UGGUCGCGUGCACUGAGGAAAUGGGCGCGGGGGCGGCGCGGGGGCGGCGCGGACUUCUGUGUGAGUCGGGUUUGCAGUGACUCUGGAGUUUUGUGACGCUGCCUGGGCACCAGGUGCCCUACUGCGCCCUCUGCCCUCCAGCUUCUGGGCCCACAGGAAUGGCUCCGAGUUAGCUCUGGUUUGUUUUGAUUCUGGAAUUCUCCAACAGAAAUAUAUUGAAAAGGACUAAAUCAAUUCUUGCAGUUCUAAAACCAUGGCCCAUGGUUCAGUGACAUUCAGGGAUGUGGCCAUAGACUUUUCACAGGAAGAAUGGGAAUUCCUGGACUCUGCUCAGAGGGACUUAUAUAGGGACGUAAUGUGGGAGAACUACAACAACUUCCUCUCACUAGCAGGAUCUUCUGUUUCUAAACCAGAUAUGAUUACCUUAAUGGAUGAAGAAGGAAUGGUUGUGAAGGAAAGAAUAAAAAGAUCUUGCCCUGAUUUGGAGCCCAGAUAUAGGACCAAUACUUCAUCUCCAGAAAAGGACAUUUAUGAAAUAUAUUCGUUACAGUGGGAGAUAAUGGAAAGAAUUAAAAGCUAUACCCUUCAGGACUCCAUUUUUAGAAAUGAUUGGGAAUGUAAAAGCAAGAUUGAGGGACAAAAAGAACCACAAGAGGGUUAUUUUGGGCAGGUGAAAAUUACCUCUGAAAAAACGACCACUUACAAAAAGAAUAAUUUUCUUGCUGAGUAUCAGAGAAUUCAUAAUGGAGAAAAAUUAUAUGAAUGUAAGGAGUGUAGGAAGACCUUCAUUCGUCGCUCAACACUUAGUCAGCACCUACGAAUUCAUACGGGUGAGAAACCUUAUAAAUGUAAAGAAUGUGGACAGGCCUUUAGACAGCGUGCACACCUUAUUCGACAUCACAAACUUCAUACUGGUGAGAAACCCUAUGAAUGUAAGGAAUGUGGGAAGGCCUUUACUGUGCUCCAAGAACUUACUCAACAUCAGAGACUUCAUACUGGUGAAAAACCUUACGAAUGUAAGGAAUGUGGAAAGGCCUUCAGAGUACAUCAGCAACUGGCCCGGCAUCAGAGAAUUCACACUGGUGAGAAACCCUAUGAAUGUAAGGAGUGUGGGAAGACUUUCAGACAGUGUACACACCUCACCAGACAUCAGAGACUUCACACUGCCGAGAAGCUCUAUGAAUGUAAGGAAUGUGGGAAAGCCUUUGUAUGUGGCCCAGACCUUAGAGUACAUCAGAAAAUUCAUUUUGGUGAAAAACCCUAUGCAUGUAAGGACUGUGGGAAGGCCUUUAGAAUAUGCCAACAACUUACUGUUCAUCAGAGUAUUCAUACUGGUGAGAAACCCUAUGAAUGUAAGGAAUGUGGAAAGACUUUCAGAUUAAGGCAGCAACUUGUUCGCCAUCAGAGAAUUCAUACUCGUGAGAAACCCUAUGAAUGUAUGGAAUGUUGGAAGACCUUUAGUAGUUACUCCCAACUUAUUUCACAUCAGAGCAUUCAUAUUGGUGAGAGACCCUAUGAAUGUGAGGAAUGUGGGAAGGCUUUCAGACUGCUGUCCCAACUCACUCAACAUCAGAGUAUUCAUACUGGUGAGAAGCCCUAUGAAUGUAAGGAAUGCAGAAAGCCUUUUAGACUGCUCUCACAACUUACUCAGCAUCAGAGUAUUCACACUGGAGAGAAACCUUAUGAAUGUAAGGAUUGUGGUAAGGCUUUCAGACUUUAUUCAUUUCUUACUCAACACCAGAGAAUUCACACUGGGGAGAAGCCCUAUAAAUGUAAGGAAUGUAAGAAGGCCUUCAGACAACAUUCACACCUUACUCAACAUCAGAAGAUUCAUAAUGGAAUUUAAUACAAGAAAGCUUUCAAAUUUGCAUUUUGUUACAAAACACCAGUAAAUCCAUUUUUGAGAAAAUACACUUACAACUAAAUGUAAGAAAUUUUCUAUUAGGGAAGGAAUGUGUUGCUUUGAGCCUUCCAUCACCCUUCAAACAUUGUUUAUCUUCAGCAAAUUCCUUUGAGAGAAUAAUUUAAUGAAUGUAGGAAAAUGUUUAGCUUUAUCUGUCAUCUCCAUUUUGCCACUUUACUACCAUUGUGAUAUUGAACAAGAUACUAAACCUUUGUGCUCAUUUUUAAAAGUAUGAUAGUAGUACUUAUUUAUUGCUGUGUGAUAAAUUACUAGAACACAUAGUAGCUUAAAAUAAUAUACAUAGGUUAUUUCACAGUUUCUAUGGAUCAGGAAUCCAGGCAUGACUUAGUUGAGUCCUUGUAGUUACAAGGUUACAAAGUUUCAGCCAAGACUAAGGAUCCAUAUCCAAGCUAACAAUGCUUGAAUUCAUUUUCUUGAGGGCUCUUGAUGGAGAUCCUCAGUUUCUAGUUGACUACUGGCUGAAGCUGACUGCAGUUCCUUGCUACAGCGGCCUCUUCACAUGACUACUUCAUCAAAGUGUGCAAGCCAAGAAGGCAAGAACUAGCAAGAGGGAAGUCUGUUAGCAAUAUAGACAUGAUGCAUCUUGUGUUAUCUAAUUGUGGCAGUUACAUCGUAUCACCUUUGCUACCUUUUACUGAUAGAAGUAAAUUACUAGACCAGCCCACACUCAAGAAAAGGGGAUUACUUGAGAGUGAAUACCAGGAGACAGGGACCAUUGGGAGUCAAUUAAGAGUCAGCCAGUCACACUGUGUGAUAUAAUCAUUGUAAGGAUUAAGUAGUUAAUACUUAGAAGAGUAGCCAGUCACAUAGCAUGUAUUCUGUAAAUACUGUCUAUAAUUGAUAUUAACAUCAUUAGUAUUAGUGAAUUCUCAUGGAAGAUUCUAUAGGAGUAAUAAGUAUAGAAAUGCCUCCUGUUACAUCUCUGCACUUAAUAAAAUGAAAAUAAUUUAUUCUAGUAAAAUCUAGGAGAUUAUAGUGAAUAUCAGAAGUUCUUCAUCACUUGAUCUGCAUCAGAAAUUUCAUGCUGAAAAGAACUGUAUGAAUUUAUCAGAAUCUUUUCUGAUCCUUUAAAAAAGCAAAUGGCUUAAAAUCCUAGUUGUCUGACUAGAAUUCAAGAUAUAUCACAAACUCUCAAAAAAGAUGGCAUAAAAGAAACUAACCAGUUGGGAAUUUAAAUGUAUGUGUAUGUGUGUGUAUGUAAAACUUAUAUAUAAAAGAAAAUACCAUUAUAGUCAGUAUGCUUUUUGAUGCUUAAAUUGCCCCAUCUUCAAUUAGUUUUUUCAAAUUAGGUGUUUUGCCAAGUAUAGUGGUGCAUGCCUAUAAUCUUAACAACUUGGGAGGCUGAGGCAGGAGGAUCAUAAGUUUGAGGCCAGCCUCAGCAACACAAAUUGGGCGUUUUGAGAUAGCCCCACAAAUAGUAGUUUGAUAGUUUAUGACUUGGUUGUGAUUAUACAGUUUGUCAGCUGUGCAAGAUGCUAUGACACGAUCAUCAUUCUUAAAAUCAUUAAAUUGUGAACCAAAUUUCAGCAUCACCAAAAAUUCAUCAAAUUCAAAUGGUAUUGUUUUAACAAAAAGUCUAAUCAAUAAAUUCAAAAAGAAUGAUAGGAUUAGAAAAACCAUCAUUUUCUAGACUUUAAUGGAAUAAUGGACCUGAAAACAGUGUUCCAUGGAUAAAAAAACUUUUAGUUGAAAGACUUUAUAGUGGAUUUAUCAUACUGACCACUUCUGAAUCCUUUGACCAAUUUUAGCCUUAGUCAAAAUGGGACUGUCACACAAUGUCCACCUCCUGGUGAAAUCCAAUAGGAAGUAAAUACCACUACCUGUGAGGCCUUCUUGCCAAAACAGUGAACUGAAGGAAUCAUACUUUUGAAUCAAAUUCUUUAAACCAAGAUUUGGGGAAUGAAUGAAUAAAGUCAGAGUCACCACAAGGAAGUCACCAAUGAGAUUCAGAAUGUGUAAAAUUCUACAGAAUAAAUGCCCUGAUUUUGUCCACUAACGAGAGGCAUGAAAAACAAAGAGGAGCAACCCUUAAUAAUAGGGUAGGAUUAAGAGUCACAUCACUAAAUUCAAUGCAUGGGAAUUGCUUGGAUCUGGUUUGACCAAAAUGUUAAAAGAGUUUUUGAAGACAGUGGAGGAAUCGUGGACAUGGACUGAAUGUUAGAUAUAUUAACUUUGUUAGGGAUAAUGUCAAUGUGGUUGCUAAUAAAAUAUCCUAUGUGUUAGACAUAUUUACAUAUUUCUGAUAUUAUAAGAUACAUAGAUUUACAUUGAAAUAUUCCAGCAAAAGAAAGAAUGGCAAAAUGUUGGUAAUCAUUGAAGUGCAGCGAUUUGUUUAUGGUAACUUAUUGUUUUAAUAUUUCUACUUUUGUAUGUAUUUAACAUUUCAGUAAUAAAAUAUUUAAAAUCAAAA